UUUGGGAGGAGUCACAGCUGCUUUCGGGUUUACUUACAGAGGACGAACCUCAGAUCGGUAAUGGCUCAUUGUGCAACGGAACAUCACGGAAAAGAUUCCCGGAAACACUGACCACGGAUUCUGCUCGGUACACUUCGCGUGCUGUUAGUAGGAAACGGCGAUAAUCGCGCUAUUAUUUAACCAAAUUAACUAGCGUACAAUGCGAUAGUGCUGCCUGGAGACACGGAUAGAGAUCCAGACAGAUAACCAGAAGGAAAAGUGAGCCAACAACAGAGCCACAAAUCCACACAAAGUUUAGAGCGAUUCGAACGAAAGAAAGAAAGAAAAAAAAUGUCCAAACCUAAUUAUACUGGCAUUUAUAACAUGGUUUCCCAGAAUAAUUUUGAAGAAUAUUUGGCGGCUUUGGAUGUUAAUUAUGCAUUAAGAAAAGUCGUCUGCAUUCUGAAACCCAGCAAACAUAUUGAACAUGAUGUGAACACUGGCGAAAUGAAGAUAAAGACAGUCACCACCUUUAAGAACUUCGACAUGGACUUCACUUUGGGACAGGAGUUCACUGAGGACCUGGGACCAGUCGAUGGGAGAAAGUGCCAGACCACAGUGGACUGGGACGGUGAUAAAUUGGUCUGCGUGCAGAGAGGAGAGAAAGAGGGCAGAGGCUGGACACACUGGUUAGAAGGAAACAUCCUUCAUUUGGAGAUGAGGGCUCAGGGUGUCACUGCCAAGCAAGUCUUUAAGAAGGCUGAGUGAGGAUGGAAAGUGAGAGAGAGAGAGAGAGAGAGAAAUAAAG